AAUCUUCAACAAUGGGUAAAUGAAUAUAAUAUUCAAGCAAACCAGCUAAAUUCCUCUCUUUAUGGACGCACAACAAUGUCACUUAUUGGUGAUCUAAUUAUUAAGGAUUUUCCUAAAUUAAAAGCAGCAUCUUUUAUCGCUAAUGGAUAUAUGUUUAAACUAACAAUAGAUAAAUUAACUAGAAUGUAUAUUCCUGAUAAUCUAUUAGAGGCCAUUAAACUACCUGCUAAUCCAGUGGUUACUGGAAGUAUUUAUUAUGAAUAUUCAGCAAAAGAUAAAGAUCAAUUAAAAGGUCUUUUAUCAAAACAAGAAAGACAAACUAUUGAAGCUUCUAGUUCUUCACCUAUUAGACAUUCCUUUUACAAAAAAUUUUUUGAUGAUUAUUUGCAAAAUAAAAAAAGUGAAUUAGCUAAUCUAAAAAAGAAAAUAAACGAAGAAGAAAAUGGUCAGUUAGAUAUUUAUCUUCAAUUACAACAAUCGACCGAUAAAGAUAAAAUUCAAAUGAAAAAGGUUAAAAGAAGGAUACUUAAAAAAUUAACUAUUGAAGACUUGCAGAAAAUUUUAAAAACGAACGAAAAGAUUAAUGAAUUAGAAAAGCAAGUAAAUGAAAUUAAGUUAAUAAACAGUUGA